AAGCCGCACUCCCCGCAACACAUUUAUAAAGCAACAUACGCCAACAACUGGAAGUCAGCGCUGAGCAUAACAGAGCCAAAAUGAGUAAACAGCACUUCCAUGCGAAUUAUUUGGUGCAUGCGUGUUCGUCGGUGUGUGCGUGUAUAUCGUGGAAGUUGUGACUUCCAAUCAGAAUUUGGAAGUUUCUUUUUUUCCAUAUUGAUUAGUUAUAUGUCGCUUUUGUUGUUUACUCGCCACAUUGUUUUUUCGAGCCGUCUUUGCAACUUGUGUGUGUGUGUAAAUUGCGCGCGCGAAAAAAAUACGCAAAAAAAAAUUAAUAUUAGAAAAUUUAGCAAAACAGAGUGUUGGAGAGAAGGGAGCGAGAGAGCGGAACUAAGCGACACGGCAAGCGAGAGCGAGAGCGAGAGAGAAAGACGGAGCAAGCAAGCGAGAGAGUGCGUGUGCGGAGGAGGAAGAGGAAAUUACACAAAAAUUUUUGGGCGCCAUCAAAAAUAUAUCUACAUAUAUACAUUUGCCAACGACAAUUAAACACCCUCUCCGAUGUCCGCGGGUGUGGGUGGCGGCGGAGGCAGCAUUACCACAGAUCAUCAUAGCCGUUUGUACUUCCUCAACUCGCCGACGGCGCCGCUGACGGCACGCGAUUCGUUCUUCAUAAAGCCGGAAUAUCUCAGCUAUGAGAAUCCCAUGCAUCAUUUAUACCCAAGCAAUCGAGGCUUAAUUGAGUACAAUAAUUAUACGACAGUUGCGGCCGCUGCUGCGGCGAGUGCGAGUACAGGUGUUGCUGCUGCUGCAGCUGCUGCGGCGGCUGCUGCUGCUGUUAACACCAGUGGUAACAACAACAACAGUAGCGGGAACAACAACAACGGUGGCAAUAACAGCGGCGCCAACAAUAACUCCGCCAACGGCAACAACAAUUCGGCCAGCAGCAACAACAACGCCAACAGCAGCGCCCGCAACAGCGGCGGCGGCACCGGCGCUGACAACAGCUUCCAGCAGCAUACACAACAGCAACAGCACACAGCCCAGCAGCAACAUCCUCCGCAACAGCAUCCGCAGCAGCAGCAACAACAACAUCCACAACAGCAGCAGCAACAACAUCCACAACAGCAGCAGCAACAACAUCCACAGCAGCAGCAACAACAGCAGCCGCAUCCAUUGCAUCAGCAUUUGUCCACCGGCCUCGUUGUCACCGGCGUCGCACUUGGCCACCAAUCGUCGCGGGCUCAGAAGGCGGCACGGCGGCGCAGCAACGAAUCGAUUGAGGCACGGGAACGGCGUCUGGAACGGAACGCGGCAAGAAUGCGGGACAAGCGAUCGAAGGAGUCGGAAGCGGAAUAUCGCCUGCGUUUGGCAAAAAAUGCGGAGGCGAAUCGUGUACGCAGGCAAAACGAAAACGAAGUACAAAGAACCUUAAGACUGAUGAAGAAUGCCGCCCGUCAGCGUUUGCGGCGCGCCAGCGAAUCAAAUGACGAGCGCAAGAAGCGCCUGGCCAAGGCAGCUGAACGGAUGCGCGUCUCCAGGGCCAGUGCGCCCAAGGUGAUUAAGCCGCCGCUCGAGGAUCGCCUUAAGGGCUAUUAAAAAAAAAAACAAAACAAGACAAAAAGAAGAAGCAAAUCUACACACAGAGCCCAAUCAGACAAACACAGAGAGACACACACACACACAUGCAUGUGCCUGGCGCGUUGCUCCAAUCAGAGCGCAACAUUGGAAGCUUGUGAAGCGGGCUUCAGCAAGUAAAGUGCACACACAUUCAAAAAUACAAACGAAAACACACACACAGAAUCUAAUCAAAUGGUAUCUAAUCAGAAAUGUGCAAGCAAACACAC